AUGCUUCAGUGGUCCUUACUGGAGUUUUUGGUGUCUCGGACCAUCCGGCAACAGGACUCCUUUGUCUGCAGCCCCACGUUCUUGACUGCCAGUGGGGCAUGGAUUGAAGGGCGAGUUUUCAAAUAUUCUUCCAAAACUCUGGCCGAACGGUAUGAAGCCGUUGCUCCGGACUUGCGCCAGGUUUACAAUUUGUUGCAGGGUGUUUUGACAAGCGCUGUGUCCUCGGAAACGUUGAGCACUGACAAUGCACCUCAUGGCGUUGCAGACCGUCUCUAUGUCAAGUGGGCCAAAGCUCUCUCGAAGGUGGCGUUCGAUGUCCAGGCAUCAGACUCACAGCUGAUCCAGGAUGAAGCAGGCAUUUGCGACGAAAUCGAUGCCGUUGCCUUUCCCCGUGCACGUCUCCGGCGAGGACAAAUCUACUUGACGCCAGCUACAGGCUUCCAAGGGCGAUUUGUUGGCUUCCCUGAGUGCCCACAGGGCUUGAUUGCCGGCCUGUCUGCAUGUUUAGCAGUGAAGAACCCACAAACACUUGACCGAUUUCAGAGGAUAGUGAGCUCGUCUGCAUCGUGGAGGGAGGAUCCAUUUGCGUAUACGCCAGAGCUUUGGAAGAGCUUCUUCUCCGCGGCGCGGUCCGCGCGAUGGGAGAACCUGACAGAUUCAUUUCACAAAGCGGAAGCGUUUGCUGGCUUACGAGCAUCUGGAAUCUUUAGCCAUGGCAGAUCCUCCAGAGCCAUCCGCAGACGAGUGGAAGUGGAUUGGGCACUGCUAAAGGUUUACUCGCGCAUGCUGACUCCUGUAACACCAUUGGACCUUUCAAGGAGCCCCACACGUGUGGGCCUGGCAGAGUUCUGGUGGAACCUUGCUGGCAUGACAGAUGUUGGAUUCACCAGCUGGGAGUGGAUGCACUUGGGCCUGCCGGUUCUCGCUGCAGGUGCAGAGUCUUACAUCGCGAAUGGCUGUGCUACCUCUGCCAAGUUCGUUUGUCCACAUGUAUUGCUUCGCAUGCGCAACUUAUCACGAUUCCAUAGCGGAAGCUACCAAGCUUUGCAGUUCCGGUUUGACAUAGAUGCACUCUUGCAAACCGCGUUCGAGGUGGGACGUGAUCGAGAUGGGGCUAUGGAGAGAUUCAGGACCAUGAUGGUGCCAGUCCUGUCUGAGAUCCGAUGUCGCUGUUGCAAAGACUGCGCGGUUCACACAUCGCCCACAUCGCCAGUCGCCCGCCUCCCAGACGAGCACUUCAGUGACUGGCAGCUUGCAUAUAGGCUCGGCCGUGGGGCUCUCACCUUGCAGCGGCGGGUGCUGUCCCAGCUGUCACAGGACCAUCCUGCCCGGCCCAUGGUUAAGGAUGUGGUGCAAAAGGAUGGAAAAUGGUGCGUGGGAGGUGAUCAGGGCUGCCACUCUACCUCGUCCCAUUGUUACCCCUACGACGAACUCUUCAAAUCUAUACGGACCGAGAGGCACAUGCACACGCACAAGUCCGAAGGAGGCGAUGGCUACGGCGGCUACCCACAGUUGCGAGUGAUGCAAAUCGGGAUCUGUAUGGGUCAAUCCCUUGCAUCCAUCGAGCGCUUCUUCCGGCCUGUGGGUGUCGACCGCAUCGUAGGAGUGGAUUUGGUUCCUGAGGUCUUCGAGUUCUUCAAGCACAAACUCUACACACUAGAGCCCUUCGACAUCGACAAGAUUCACACGUACCGUGCCUCCAGCCUUGUCGGUGCGGAUGUGUCGAGACUGCAUCGUGAGCUGUUGGCGGACGAAAGGGCAGGCAAAGACAUCCGAUUCGACAUCAUUAUUGAUGACGGUGACCACAUCGGUGGAGCUAUGGUUGAAACGUUCCGCAACAUGUUCUUGCGCUUCCUGAAGCCUGGAGGGUACUACAUAAUCGAAGAUCUGAAUGAUUUGUACAACUAUCACAGCGCACACAUUCUGAAAGACUUUCUUUGGCAGCACCUGGUACCAGCUGGUCCGGACCAGUUUGAGAACAUGCCGAAGCACCUGUACAUGAACACCAAGGAAGUAGCCCUGCAGUCAACCCCGGAUCCUUUUUUUCAAUGGGUUCACAGCGUGACGCUUCAUGGUCGUACGUUUCUACUGGUGAGGAAGCAUCUGGCUGUCCUGUAA